ACAGGCUCUGGAAAGAGAGUGUCUCGUGGCCUGAAGCAGCUCUUUCACUCCAGCAGCCGGAGUGUGUGUCGUCUGCAGAGAGGAGUGUACCUGUCCUGCGUCCUCUACCAGAAGGACGGUGUGGUGUUGUGCAGUGAUGAUCAGCUCCCCCUGGUGGAGGUUCAGAGCUGCUCCACAUCCAUCACGCAGGACCUGCUGUGGCUCGCCAAGCUGUCGUGUGCGUGGCCGCAGGUGUCUGUGCUCCAGCAAUCCUCCUCUUCAUCUCUGAGCUCGUCUUCAUCUCUGCUGCAGAACAGACUGAGCUUCCUCCGGGCCGUUGCUCAGCUGCAGGCCUGGCUCGGCUGUGUGGAUCUGGGACAGGUGUAUUUCGAGCCGCUGAAAGACAGACAGGGAGCCGUCCUGCUGGUGACCCUGAGAGAGGUCACGACCCCGCUGACCCUGACUGACCCCGCGCUGCACUGGACUCCCAUCAGCACCCUGGAGCAAAACCAGAGCCGCACACCACUGCUGCCCGAACCCAGCGCUGUAGAGCUGCUACAUACACACCUGAGGGAGAUGUUGUCGUAUCACAGGAGGAGUCUCCAGAGAGCGGCGCCGGGUCUGUAUGUGUGUGUGCUGAAGCUCUGCAGCUCUGUGGAUCAGCUCAGGGUUCUGGUGCCGCACCGAUUACCCAACAUGCUGUGCCACUCACGCGUGAGGAACUGUCCACACGUCACACGAGAGGAGUGGGCGUGGCUACAGAGACAUGGAGUGGGUGGAGCUUGUGAUGGUCCAGAGGGCGAAGACCAGUGUGUGAUUGACAGCUCAGGUGUUGAGCACUUUGUGAAGGAUCUGAGAUCUGCAGUGACUCAAUUAUUCACUAAACUCAACGUCCCGCUGCACAGGGCGUGUGAGUACCGUGUCUACACACAGGAGCUGGUGCGGGCUGGAGAUCAGCUCUCUCUGAUCAUUCUUCUUCCUCCCAGUGAGGACUGCAGGAGCGACCGAUGGAGGAGUGACGCCCAGCGCUUCACACUCCCCCUACACAUCUUUGAGCUCGUGCAUCUGUGUGUGUACGAGCAGCAGCUGCUGUCUCUGUACUGUGAGGCGUGGCUCAGACUGGAGCUGGACGUGUGUGUGUGGCAGCAGACGCUCAGAGAAGCUCUGGACAGCAGAGAGACGGCGGACGCAGAGGAGAGACUCACGCACACCACACAGCUCACACAGAGUCUGUCCUCUCUGUGGCGGGAGAGCCGGUGGCUGAUGGAUGUCAUUCAGGUGCUGCGCUCCAAACACUGUGAGGGGGCGGUGCCUCUGGGGCGGGUCAUGACCUCUCGACCUCCAAUCACACCAGCCUCUGCAGAAGACUCGCCUCCUUGUUUACAUACAGCAGCCCAGGACAAAGACGCUGCCGGUCAUUUCUGCUCUGAUCUAUUCUAUGGGUCAAAGGUCACUACGUCUGUGAACAUCACAAAUGAGGUCACAAAUGGGGUUAAAGAAAAGCUCACUGACAAAUGUGUAGACAGGGCUACAGACAGGGUCGCAGACGAGGUCACAGACAAAAUUACAGACAAGGUCCCAGACGAGGUCACAGACAAUAUUACAAAUGAGGUCACAGACAAUAUUACAGACGGGGUCACAGAUAGUGUCACAGACAAAAUUACAGACAAGGUCGCAAACAAAAUUACAGACGGGGUCACAGACAAAAUUACAAAUGAGGUCACAGACAAAAUUACAGACAAGGACGCAAACAAAAUUACAGACGAGGUCACAGAUGGGGUCACAGACAAAAUUACAGACGAGGUCACAGAUGGGGUCACAGACAAAAUUACAGUCGAGGUCACAGACAAAAUUACAGUCGAGGUCACAGAUAGGGUCACAGACAAAAUUACAGACGAGGUCACAGAUAGGGUCACAGACAAAAUUACAGACGAGGUCACAGAUAGGGUCACAGACAAAAUUACAGACGAGGUUGCAAACAAAAUUAUAGACGGGGUCACAGACAAAGUUACAGGCGAGGUCGCAGGCAAAAUAACAGACAAGGUCACAGAUAGUGUCACAGACAAAAUUACAGACAGGGUUGCAAACAAAAUUACAGACAGGGUCACAGACAAAAUUACAGACGAGACCACAGACAAAAUUACAGACGUGGUCACAGAUGGGGUCACAGACAAAAUUACAGUCGAGGUCACAGAUGGGGUCACAGACAAAAUUACAGACGAGGCCACAGACAAAAUUACAGACGAGGUCACAGAUAGGGUCACAGACAAAAUUACAGACGAGGUUGCAAACAAAAUUACAGACAGGGUCACAGAUAGUGUCACAGACAAAAUUACAGACAAGGUCACAGACAAAAUUACAGACAAGGUCACAGACAAAAUUACAGACAAGGUCACAGAUAGUGUCACUGACAAAAUUACAGACAAGGACGCAAAGAAAAUUACAGACGGGGUCACAGACAAAAUUACAGACGAGACCACAGACAAAAUUACAGACGAGGUUGCAAACAAAAUUAUAGACGGGGUCACAGAUAGUGUCACAGACAAAAUUACAGACGGGGUCACAGACAAAAUUACAGACGAGGUCACAGACAAAAUUACAGACGGGGUCACAGACAAAAUUACAGAUGGGGUCGCAGACAUGAUUAUAGACGGGGUCACGGACAGGGUUGCAAACAAAUUUACAGACAGUAUGACAGACGGGGUCAGAGUCGGGGUCCUGCACUCACAGUGGUCCUCCUCAGCCUGCCCUCAUGCGAUCGGCCUCCAGCACGGGCACUGGUGUCCUGAACUCUGCCAGUCUCCCUCUGCAGACCCUGAACAGCAGACUGACCGCAGCCCAGACCUGCUGUCUGACAUGAUGGAGCUGCUGCAGCGCCUAGACCUGCUGGGGGACGGCCUGUUAGAGCUGCUGGACCCAGAGCAGGCUCUGCAGGAGCAGGAGAGCCAGAGCGGUGCUGCAGCAGACGGGGCGGUUCAGCUGUCCGCCAGCAGGGGGCGGCCCGUGCGGAGUGUGGUGGAGUGGGUCACUUCAGCACACCAGCAGCCCUGAUCACACUCCAACACACAUCACACACAAGGCCAUGUCCACUCUAAUCCCUUUUGGUUUUCCUCCUCACUGAGAGGGCGCUUUUAGGAUCUUUCUGAAAAGUGGAUGGAUUUGAGAAAGGCAUUUCGGAAGAGGAAAACCGUUUUAGUCGUGACGCAGUCAUGUGACCAAAGCAGGGUGGACGGAGUUGUAGAGCUUUAUUAAAGAUGCAUGUCAGUUUGCACAUGCUCCAUAUUGCCUCUCUUUAAAGGACAGGCGAUGUUCACGUUUAUCUGUGACUCUCAGAGACAGAAAGUUUUUUCCUUUUUUUCCAGCCGAACAUUAAAAACAUUAAAGCCUGA